AUGGCUAAGACAAAGAGUAUGACUAGAAGUCAUAAUGAAGAUAAGAGAUUCAAGACUUGUGACAAUGGUGGUGCAGCAGACCUUAAUCAUGAUGUGCUGUUUUUAGUUAUGAUGCAACUGAGAUUCAUUGAUUUUCUUGCAUUUAGUGGCGUUUGCAAGUCAUGGAGAUCUUUCGCACUCUCAAAUAGGAACAAGUUUAUGGCAUCCAGACCACCCAUGUUGAUGUGGAUCCAUUAUUUUUCUGAUAAGAAUGAGUACUGCCUAGAAGACUUUCAAGAAAGAAGGUUCAAAACCCUCUUUCCCCGUUCUUCUCACAGAGGAUGUGUUGGAUUGACUUAUGGUUACAUAAUCUUGUUCGCAUGGGAAACAAAAGACUUUUGGCUUGUGAAUCCUAUCACAAAGCAUGAACUUUAUUUCCCUUGUGUCCCCAACUUUGAUCCUCGUUUUAUGCGAGAAGGUGCUAGGGCUGUUCUUGUCUUUUCAACUUCCAUAUCCGGAUGGGUGUUUGUUAUGACAUAUAGACUCUCCGAUAAGAUAUGGUUUUGUAUACAUGGUAAAGGAGGAUGGAAUCAUGUCUCCUCCACUUUUCCCAUCCUUGAUUUACAUGCUUUUAAGGGGAAGAUAUAUGCUCUAAACAACGAUUGGGGAUUAUAUGAGAUGAGCCUAAAUCCACAACACCCUAAACUGACAUUACUAGAAAUCAACAACUGUUUGAAGUCACGUUUUCUCCGUCCCAAGCUUGUAAGUCUUGCAGGUGAAAAGCUUUAUGUGAUAGAUCACAUUCCAGGAAAAGAUGGAGAUCUAUACAGGGUUCAGGAACUAGAUUUUGGCAAAAUGAAAUGGGUGUUGCAAGAAGAAAAGACAACUGGAGAAGAAUAUGUUUUCUUUCUUAGCAUCUUGUUGAAUGGUGCGCCAGUUGAUGGCGCUGCAGUUAAACUCGGGUCACAAUACAAGAUGCAUGAGUGCUUCCCUAACAUUUCUACAAGAAGUCGAAAAGGCAGGUUCUAUGCUACGCAAGAUAUGUGGUACUUCCCUCAUGAAUGUAUGAAUGUUCAUCAUCUAAUUGAUUGA